CGCGCGUUGCCGUCGUCGUGAUGGAAACACUCGGGAAAUGAAUAAUGACCAUAGUUGACAAAGUGACAGAGGCUUCGAACACUGCAGCUUGCAAGAACCAAACCUGCAGCUCCGUGGCACCUUUCUCUGGAAUUGUCAAAGAGAAGAACAUGGAGUCAGGGGCAGCAAGUUGGGGUGCAACAUCCCCUAUUACGGAGGUACCAAAGAACAAAAUCUUAGGACCUAUGCCAGGAGCUGCUUUGUACACCAAUGCAGUGUCUCUACAAGAGAAACCGAAGCAACCAGUGCAAAAAGAUCAAAAUGUACUUGGCAGUGGUGAUGGGAUCGCACCUCCACAGAAAAUACUGUUUCCAGCGGAGAAAAUCUCCUUGAAAUGGCAACAGAUGCACAAAAUAGGAGCUGGCCUCCAAAACCUGGGCAACACCUGCUUCCUAAAUUCUGCACUGCAGUGUUUGACCUAUACGCCGCCCCUUGCAAACUACAUGCUUUCCCGGGAACAUUCUAGAACAUGUAAUGAACAAGGAUUCUGUAUGAUGUGUAUGAUGCAGAAUCAUAUCACCCAGGUCUUCUCCAGUUCUGGAAAUGUCAUCAAGCCUAUGUCUGUCAUUAACGACCUCAGACGAAUAGCAAAACAUUUUCGAUUUGGAAACCAGGAAGAUGCACACGAAUUCUUGCGUUACACUGUUGAUGCUCUCCAGAAAGCAUGUCUAAAUGGAAGCAACAAAUUGGAUAGACAAACUCAGGCUACCACAAUGAUAUAUCAAAUUUUUGGAGGUUACUUAAGGUCAAGAGUAAAAUGUUUAAACUGCAAAGGAGUUUCUGACACAUAUGAUCCAUACUUGGAUAUUGCUCUGGAAAUAAAGACUGCACCAAACAUCACAAAAGCUCUGGAACAGUUUGUAAAGCCUGAGCAGCUGGAUGGUGAAAAUGCCUACAAAUGCACCAAGUGUAAGAAAAUGGUGCCUGCUUCAAAGAGAUUCACCAUCCAUCGAGCUUCAAAUGUGCUGACACUCUCUCUGAAGCGCUUUGCAAACUUCACGGGUGGAAAGAUUACAAAGGAAGUGAGGUACUGUGAGUACUUGGAUGUUCGGCCAUAUAUGUCGCAGUCAAAUGGAGAGCCAGUUGUGUAUGUGCUUUAUGCAGUAUUGGUACAUUCAGGAUUCAGUUGCCAUGCUGGACAUUACUACUGUUAUAUCAAGGCCAGUAAUGGACAGUGGUACCAGAUGAAUGAUUCUGUUGUAUCUUCGAGUGACAUCAGAUCAGUGCUAAACCAGCAAGCCUAUGUGCUCUUUUACAUCAGAUCCCAUGACACAAAAAAUAGCUCAGAACAUUCUAAUCACCCAGGCCAGUCAUCUCCAAGGCCACCUGUCAAUCAACGAUUGGCGACCAACCAAACCAUGUCUGGUUUUAUUGGACCACAGCUCCCUCCACACAGGACCAAGAACUCAAAUCACUUAACAAAUGGAAACUGCUCCCAGAAAGAAGUCCCCAGCAGCGCAGCACCCAGUACAAGUGGAAUCAGAACCAUUUCUACUCCGCCUGGACCCUCUCAGAGUCGCUCAUUGCCUAGACCAAGUGUGAUACCUGAAUCUUCCAAAAGGCAAAAACUUUCCUUCAGUAUACAGCCUUCCAAGCAAGGGACAAGACAAGCUCAGACCCAGACCAACCUCCAUUGUAGUCCAUUGGAAAACUUGUACAAAGCUCCAUCCAGUGUUUCCCAUACUAAUAUGUCUCCGUCUACCUCAGGAACCUCAGCUACGGGAUCCCCACCCUCCGCUCCAACUGCUAUAGCCGUCACAGCUGCUAAGCCAGUAGCAUCCAACACUGCCUCUUCUCACAUAAUGGUUAAUGGUCAGUCCAAAGGGCCUUCCAGUUCUUUGGUUCCUUAUAAUGAGGAAUCUUCAGAGGACUCUGAUGAAGAACCUAAGGGCUUGAUUAAGGAAAAUGGUUAUGCGAAGACUAUGAAUGGAGCAAUUAAUGGAACUAGACCAAGUGCACAUCUCAAAGUAAACUCUGCGUCUGUAGCCACCAGUGACAGUUCCCACUCUGAGAAUCUGCCUGAGGGAGUUGCAACAAAAACUGAAGCACUUAGAGAAGUGAGCAAUCGUGGCAAGAAUCAUCAGCCCUGUGAAUCCACUGUUACUCAGGUGCAACCCGUGAAUUGUUCUGCAAAUGGUUUAUCAACUACAAAGGGAUCACCAGAUACAGCUAGUACUGUUCCUCUGAAUCCAAACACUGAAAAUAUUACGCUGAUCUCUACAAGCAGUAUAAAGCAAGAAAAAAGCUCAGAAGAGGCCAGGGGAAAUCAAAACCACUUGAUUAUGUCUUCAAAGGUCAGUUCUGCAAUAAAUCACAGUGGUGGUGGUGACGCAGACACAGUCCAUGCAUACGUGACUGACAAACCAGGAAGCUUGCUGAUCUCUCCAGUAAAAGCCACAGAUGGACCAUCCACAUCAUCCGUAGUUAAUCCUUUUAAAAGCAACAGUGAUCUUCAGAAAAAUAUCGAUGAAUGCCAUCUUGUUAACAGCAGUCCCAACAACCAGUGUCCUCUUCACGAAGUACAAGCAAUUCCAGAAAUUACUGAUGCUGAGAACCAAACUCAAGAAAGAUUAAGGCCUAGUCAGAUCAAAGAGGAGGUGCAGAUAGUUGACCACAAGACCGAUGGUCAUGUUUUUGAAAAUAAGCAAUCUAGUCAAGAUCUAGAUAAUAAGGUAGAGGAAAGGGAAAAUCACAGUAAUAAAUCUCAGUCUAAUAGCAACCAGGAAAGUAUCUUGGAAAAUGAAAGUCAGCCUAGUAAGGAAUACUGUUAUAAUAUGGGAAGGACUAAUCAAGAUGAAAACUGUUCAGCAGGAAAGGAUGAUCAUUACACCAAAAAAAAUCAGUCUGACGGGGGAACAAAUAAUCAAAACAAGAACUGGGUAGUUGAGGAAAGUAGUCAACUUAUCAAUAAAGAUCAAUCUCAAGAAGAGAGAGAACCAAAUCAAGAUAUACAGCAGAAUCCAGAGCAGCAACCAACAAAUGUAGUGAAAUCUCCUGUUAGGGACAGUUCAAAUCGAAAUAAGAACAGCAUUUCAGAACAGGACAGCACUUACAAAGAUGUGAUUCUGUCUCCAAGCAGGGUUAUGGUUGGUCUAGAGGAAAAUCGGGUUCAGAAGAAAGAGAACUCAGUUUCUGCCCUUGCAAAAUCCCGAAGUAUGGAAAGGACUAGUGUAGAAAAGAGUAGAAUUUUACAAAAAGAUAGCUAUAAGGGCGAAUCCAAUUAUAGGCACAGAUCUAGGGAACACAAAGAUAGAAGAAUGUAUCAAAAUGAAAGGGAGUUUGAAAAGUCAGCAAGUUGUAGUUACAGGAAUUGUUCCCACAAGCAGGACUUUUAUCAAGACGGGAGAAUUGAUAAAUAUAAAAGGGAUAAUGAAUGUCCAGCUGACAGACAAAACUACUGUAAUUCAAAGGCAGGAUCAUUGCUGGCUUAUCAUACUUAUCAGGAUAAGUUUUACAGGGAGAAACACAACUCAGGCUCGAAUAGAAGGACUUGGAGCAAUCAGUUUGAACAUAAUGGACUGGAACACAAAUACGAACGUAAAAGAAAACGCAGUAACAGUGAGAAUGGUGAAAGUGAUGCUGAAAGGAAAUGCAAAAAACUGUUGCGGGAUCGAUCACCUGAGGAAAGGAAAAUGAAAAAGCAUAAGAAAUCAAAGAAGAAAAAGACAUCAAAAGACAAAUACAGAAAUAGAGACCAUAGGCAACAGUCGUUAGAUAUGUCAGAAGUGAACCCUGAUAUUGAUGAACGAAAGCACAGGAAAAAGAAGAAGAAGAAGAAGAAGAAACGGCAUCACAGUGACAAAGAUGGCCAUUACCAAAAAGAGCAUCAUCAUUCCAGGAAACACCAGAGCAUGAGGUCAGCUAACACCGGUAACAAAUGGGAAAGGUUCUGUGACCCAACCCGGAGUGUCUGUUCUGAAGAUAAAAUGACGCAUGGAUGUAAACAAGCAUGUGAUGAUCAAGUGCCACAGAAAGCAAAACUUGCACAUUUGGAUAGUAAGCUGAAUGGUUCCCAUGUCCACAUCAAAGAGGAAACAUUGAAUGAGCAUAAUGGCAGUUUAAACAGACAUCUUCUGGACUGUGUUGGAUCAGGAUCUCUUUCUGACUGGUCUAGGCAGAGGAUGGAAAAUGGCAGUGAUUCACACAAACCUUAUUCAAAAUUCAAUAAAGAACACUUACGAGAAAAGCACUAUUCACAUGGUUACAAAGAAUAUGGUCCAAUAGACAACAGGAAUGAUUUGACUAGUGUUAGUUCUUUUAGGGAUACUACAAGGUGGAAGACCGGUGAAAAGAGAUGUGAAGAGCAGAAAGCCCACUAAGCUUGCAUGUAAGAGAAACUUUAAUAGAGAUGCGUGACUGGGUUAAACAAUCUCUGCAAAACGUGAAACCCUCGAAGAACUCGCACUUGACGAUCCAGAAUGUGGUGCUUUAUUCCUUGAAAUAUUGUACAGAAUUUUACCAACCGGGUGGGAAAACUUUAGUUUUCUUCUUGGGGAAAUUUUUUUUUAUUUACACAUUUAGUGAAAAAUCCGAAAUGGAUUGUUAGUUUCUGUUCCUUGAUGAACACUGUACAAAUACUGUAUAAAUAACUGUAAUUUAUAAAUGGUCACCCUGGAAUUUUUUUUUAAUAAGAUUCGAAUGCUGCUCAGCCACAGACUCAGGUUUGAUUACUACUCAUGUGUUAUGUGUAAUUUUUAGUGGUUAAAUAUCGGGUGCAAACUGGUGCAAAAAAAAAUAGGACCAGGAAAUGGCUACUUGGAAAGCAGGAAUAGUGCAACAGACUGUGAAAUCAUUGGUUUGUUUGAAUAAACCGAGCACUAAAUUUUAUUUGACGAACCCAAAGUUUUUUCAAGAACAAAGCGUUCAUAAGAGGAGAAGCAGAAUAGUUUAGACUUUUGAGAGAAAUCUUAACAGUUACUUAUCUGUACUGGGUUACUGCCUGAAACUAGAAACUUUUUUUUAACAACUUUCAAAAUGACAUGAACCUAGGAUGUCAGAUUUUGAGCAUUUUUUCCCGCUCUUAAUUUUAAAAUAAGUAAUUCAGUUAUGAAUACUUUUAUAUUUUAAUUUCUCAAGUUAUUUGUGCGACAAAAGGGCUUUAGAAUGUAAUUUUUUUUUAGCAUUACAGUUCUAAAUUGGUAUGCGCUUUGUACAACUGAACUUCUUUUAAAAUGUUUCCCAGAGCAAAACUAUACAAAAAUGUGUUUUCUUUUAACAUGUCGUUUAAUCUUGACCAUUAAAUAAGUGAACCUACUGCCCUAGUGUGAUAGCAAAGGAUUUCGGUGUAGAUUUAUGCUGGGCUUUACCUGCAAUGCAGCCUUUGCCUUUUCUUGCACAUUAGGUGCCUUCUAUCGCUUUAUUGGCCAUAAACAGUCACUUUAAAAUGUUUCUAGUUACAGACAGAAAUGGAUCCUGUAUAUUAGAUUAAAACUGAGACACACUCAAACUGUGAUACCAGCUAUUUAAACUUUGGUCCUGUAUCAGGAAAACAAGUCAAAACAAAAAUGUAAUCCGUGUGAUUCUUACAAAAAGUGUGUGUGGCUCAGAGCUGUACUGAAGUAUGUUUAAGUUGAAUUAAUUGGGUUGGUCAAGAGACUUUUUGGAUGGAUAAUCCACCAUCUGCCCAUAUUGUACUGUAGCAUGUGAAAUUUGUAGAAUGUACAAACAUGAAGUAAAACUGAAAAGAAAUGUGUAUACAA